AUGGGGAAUGGCUUCUCGGAACAACCUAGCUUCAUGUCGAGCAUCCCUUUCUUCCAAUCGUUCCACAUCGCAAUCCUCGGGUUGGACUCUGCUGGAAAGACCACCGUGCUGUACCGGCUUCAGUUCAAUGAGUUUGUCAACACUGUGCCCACCAAGGGCUUCAACGCAGAGCGGGUGCGAGUGUCCCUGGGAGCCCAGCGCACUGUGACCUUCCAGUUCUGGGACGUGGGCGGUCAGGAGAAGCUGCGGCCGCUGUGGAAAUCGUACACCCGCUGCACGGAUGGUAUCAUCUUCGUGGUGGACUCUGUGGACGCCGAGCGCAUGGAGGAGGCCAAGACGGAGCUCCACAAGAUCGCAAAGUCUUCGGAGAACCAGGGGGUGCCGCUCUUGGUGGUGGCAAACAAGCAGGACUUAAGGCACUCCCUAGGGCCGGCGGAGAUCGAGAAGCUCCUGGCGCUCAAGGAGCUAAGCCCGGCCACACCAUGGCACCUGCAGCCCGCCUGCGCCAUCAUCGGGGACGGACUCCGGGAGGGUCUUGACCGACUCUAUGACCUGAUCCUCAAACACCGGAAGGCCAUCCGGCAGCAGAGGAAGAAGCGAUAA